AUGGCAUCGGCGAUCGAAACUUUGGUGAAGCAAGCAAUGAAAACAUUUGGUGAUCGCCGGCUUUGUCAGAAAAACUUUGAUAAAUUGAAGAAUCUAAUAAAUAAUAUAACUACGGAGGAUAUAAAACUUGAUAAACGUGUUCUUGAUUAUGUUAGCAAACAGCCAGCACCUAUGUGUGUGAUGGAUAUAUUUGAAAAUGAAAACUUAACAAUUGUGAUUUUUAUAUUAAAACAUGGCGUUAAAAUGCCUAUGCAUGAUCAUCCUGGGAUGCAUGGUUUGUUGAAGGUGAUCAGUGGUAUGGUAGAAUUAAGCAGCUAUAGUUUGAAGACAAAAGGUGAUCAUGUAAUUAAAGCAAAUGAAGAGAUCACAGCAGUUAGACAUCGACCUGUAUCUCUUCAUAGUAAUUCAUCUGUUUGUAUUUUUACGCCAAUGGAAAAGAAUCUUCAUGAAAUUUUGUGUGUGGAGGGUCCUGCAGCUUUCUUGGACAUACUCAGUCCACCGUAUGAUGUUGAUGAAUUCGGUAAAGGAGAAAGACCAUGUACAUUCUUCAAAAUUGUCAAGUCUAAUUUAUGUACAGAAUCGACAGAUAUAAUCGAAGAAGUUCAAUUAUCUGUUGUUGAAAGUCCACCAGACUUUUAUUCUUCGAGUUUAGAGUAUACAGGACCUCCCUUAAAAGAUCACUAUAAUUAAAAUAAAUUUUUUUCAUAUUCUGAUUUGUAAAUUUUGUAUUUGCAAUGCUUUGCAUGAUUGUGUAGUAUAUAGAUUUUCACGUAAUCUUUUUUUUAUGUAAUCCUGUUUAAAGUUUACAUAUUUUGUAUAAUUGGAAAAUGCAAUCAUAUGUUCAUAUUAUAAACUUGUGAAAACUUGCAAAUUCAAUUUCAAUUUUUAUUUUUAUGUCUUUUUAUGUCUGUAUUUAUAGAUAUAAUAUAUACAAAAAUUCUAUCAUUAUUACUUUGCGUUGAUGACAUUAUUUUAAGGUGUUCUUUUUUUCAAAUGUCUGGGAUCACUUUUAGAGAACAUAAAAAUCGAUGUUUCUAAACGUAUAUUGUUCAAAUGAUAAGAGAUAUCAAAAAAAUGUUUUAAACAAAUUU